AUGGCUCCCGUCAAGGUUGGCAUCAACGGUUUCGGCCGCAUUGGUCGCAUCGUCUUCCGCAACGCCAUCGAGCACGACGACAUCGACGUCGUUGCCGUCAACGACCCCUUCAUUGAGGUCAAGUACGCUGCCUACAUGCUCAAGUAUGACUCCUCCCACGGUGUCUUCAAGGGCGAGAUCGCCAUUGACGGCAGCGACCUCGUCGUCAACGGCAAGAAGGUUCGCUUCUACGGCGAGCGUGACCCCGCCUCCAUCCCCUGGAAGGAGACCUCCGCCGAGUACGUUGUCGAGUCCACUGGUGUUUUCACCACCACCGACAAGGCCAAGGCUCACUUGCAGGGUGGUGCCAAGAAGGUCAUCAUCUCGGCUCCCUCUGCUGAUGCCCCUAUGUACGUGAUGGGUGUCAACGAGAAGAGCUACGACGGCUCCGCCGACGUCAUCUCCAACGCCUCUUGCACCACCAACUGCCUGGCUCCCCUCGCCAAGGUUAUCCACGACAAGUUCGGCAUUGUUGAGGGUCUCAUGACCACUAUCCACUCCUACACUGCUACCCAGAAGACCGUUGACGGUCCCUCCGCCAAGGACUGGCGCGGUGGCCGUGGUGCUGCGCAGAACAUCAUUCCCUCCAGCACCGGUGCCGCCAAGGCUGUCGGCAAGGUCAUCCCUGAGCUCAACGGCAAGCUCACUGGCAUGUCCAUGCGUGUCCCUACCGCCAACGUUUCCGUUGUCGACCUGACUGCCCGUCUGGAGAAGGGUGCCAGCUACGACGCCAUCAAGGCCGCCAUCAAGGAGGCUGCUGAUGGUCCCCUCAAGGGCAUUCUCGGCUACACCGAGGACGAGAUCGUAUCCACUGACCUUAACGGCAACACCAACUCCUCCAUCUUCGACGCCAAGGCCGGUAUCUCCCUCAACGACAACUUCGUCAAGCUGGUUUCCUGGUACGACAACGAAUGGGGCUACUCCCGCCGUGUCCUGGACCUCAUCUCCUACGUCGCCAAGGUCGACGCUUCCAAAUAG